CAGGAAUACCCCACGGGACCCUCAUAGUAAAGAGCAGAGCCAUGUCAUCAUCAUACUCAGCCUACCACAUGAGGAGAGGGUGCUAUCAUUGCUUUACCCUUUCACUGCUCAGUUCUUCUCACUGAUCAGCCUUCCUGAGGGUGAAGGAAGAAGAGUGGAUGAACAUCAAAGUGGGGGAUAUAAUAAAACUACAAAAUAACAAUUCUGUCACAGCAGAUGUGCUGUUACUCUCCAGUAGUGAGCCCAGUAGUCUGACCUACACAGAAACUGCAGAACUAGAUGGGUGAAGUCAGGUGUUAGCCUCCUAAUAACAGAGUGGAUGAAUUCACAGGGAUAUUGAUUCAUGAGGGUGAAAAGCAUGCCUUGAACAAUGAGAAGGUAUUGCUGAGAGGCUGCACCAUUCGGAACACAGACUGGUGUUAUGGCCUCGUGAUUUAUGCUGGUCACGACACCAAAUUAAUGCAGAACAGUGGAAAGAACAUCUUUAAACGGACAAGCAUAGAUCAUCUCAUGAAUAUCCUUGUGUUCUGGGUUUUCCUGUCCUUAGUUGGCAUGUGUUCCAUCCUGGCAAUUGGGCAUGGAAUUUGGCAGACCCAGAAUGGUUAUUACUUGCAGAUGUAUCUGCCUUGGGAAGAGGCACUCAGCUCCCCAGGUGUUUCUACCUUCCUCAUAUUCUGGUCAUACAUCAUCAUUCUCAAUACUGUGGUGCCAAUUUCACUCUAUGUCAGUGUAGAGAUAAUACGAUUGGGCAACAGCUUCUACAUCAACUGGGAUCGAAAAAUGUUUUACAUCCCCAAUAACACACCAGCCCAGGCCCGUACCACAACUCUGAAUGAGGAACUAGGCCAGAUCCAGUAUGUGUUCUCUGACAAGACGGGGACACUGACUCAGAAUAUCAUGAUUUUCAACAAGUGCUCCAUUAACGGGCAGUUAUACGGUGAUAUCUACAGUAUGACUGGACAAAAGAUGGAAAUCACAGAGGAUACAGAGAAGGUUGACUUCUCCUACAACAAACUGGCUGACCCUAAGUUUUCAUUUUAUGACAAGACUUUAGUAGAAGCCAUAAAAAAAGGAGAUACUAUGAUCCCUUUUUUUCUCUCCCUCUCACUCUGUCACACAGUGAUGUCAGAAGAAAAGGUGGGAGGAGAACUGGUAUAUCAGGCACAGUCUCCCGAUGAAGGAGCCCUUGUCACUGCUACCAGAAAUUUUGGUUUUGUGUUUCGCUCUCGAACGUCUGAAACGAUCACUGUAAUGGAAAUGGGUGUCACAAAAGUCUAUGAGCUCCUAGCUAUCCUGGACUUCAGCAAUGUACGAAAGCGGAUGUCUGUGAUUGUGCAGACACCUGAAGGUAAGGCGAUGUUGUUCUGCAAGGGAGCUGACACCAUCAUCUGGGAAUUGCUCCACCCAUCCUGCAUACCCCUCCAAGAUGUGACCAUGGGACACUUGGAUCUGCUAGGGGCCACAGCCAUUGAAGACAAGUUACAAGAUGGAGUGCCUGAGACAGUUGCCACUCUGAUCAAAGCAAAUAUUAACAUGUGGAUUUUGACUGGAGACAAGCAAGAGACUGCUGUGAACAUUGGCUAUUCUUGCAAUAUGCUAAGUGAUGAUAUGGAUGAGGUGUUCGUUAUAGAUGCCAAGGAGAGUAGCAUGGUCCAACAGCAACUCAGGUCAGCAAGAAAUAAAAUGAAACCUGGCUCUUUACAGGGGACAGACCCAGUAACUGACCUCCUUACCCGAUCAGAAACGAAAACCUUCAUCGUGCCUAAAGAAGUGGCCAGUGGUAGCUACGGCCUAGUCAUCAAUGGCCACAGUCUGGCUCAUGCCCUUGAGGAGACCGUGGAGUUGGAACUGCUAAGGACAGCUUGUAUGUGCAAAUCAGUGAUCUGUUGCCGUGUGACACCUCUGCAGAAGGCCCAAGUGGUAGAACUAGUGAAGAAAUACAAGCAUGUGGCAACACUAGCCAUUGGUGAUGGAGCAAACGAUGUCAAUAUGAUCAAAGCUGCCCACAUUGGGGUGGGCAUAAGUGGCCAGGAGGGGAUGCAAGCCAUACUUGCCAGUGACUUCUGCUUUGCCCAGUUCCAGUUUCUGAAGCGCCUGCUCUUGGUCCAUGGUCGUUGGUCCUAUAUCCGGAUGUGUAAAUUCCUCCGCUAUUUCUUCUACAAGAAUUUUGCCUUCACAUUGGUGCACUUCUGGUAUGGCUUCUUUUCCGGCUUCUCUGCACAGACCGUCUAUGAUGAGUGGUUCAUAGCUUUCUACAACUUGAUCUACACAUCUCUCCCUGUCCUAGCCAUGAGCCUCUUUGACCAAGUGAGACCCAGGCACAAUCCCCAGGCAAUACCAGGUCCUCUCAACCAAAGCCAGAACUUCCCCCAGGAAGGGGAAAGGGGUGGCUUUUCAGGAUGUGAAUGACUUGUGGAGCCUUCGAUUCCCAGAGCUAUAUGAACCAGGCCAAUACAACCUCUACUUCAACAAGAAGGAAUUUG